GGUGUUUAGAUGUUGGGCUGUUCUCGCGUGGCGUGCUGAUGCUGUAGGCUAAACCGUGCCGCGCAUUUCAUAAAAGCGGCACAUUGAAGAAGAAGACACGCUUCAGAGGUGAGCGUGAGAGUGCGUACGCGGGUGUGGUUGUUUGUGUGAAAGGCAGUGUGCGCCCGAGAAAAGGGGCACAAAAGUUAUAGACACCCGUAGCAGCAUACCUGUGCACACCUGUGGGGUACGUCAUUUAAAUGUGGAUAAACUCUGUCUGCGCGGGUGCGUACUGCGUAAGAUGUGCACUUUCUACUCGGGAUUCUACUCGUACACCUUCCUACCCUUGAAGCACUGCGCGCAGCUGAGCUGAGCCUUGCUAAGCCCCGUACCGAAAUGAUGAAAUACGGAUUGUGCAACCUGCAGUAGAGUGUAUGUUGUGUUUAAGCUUAACAUCGAGCAUCGAGAAUCUACCGCCGACUGUUACUGUGAGACAAUAGUGUGUGCACCCUGCAUAAAAGGCAAUGGUUGGUAAUUCAUGUAUCAAAAAAAUGCCCGUUAGCGACAGGGCAUGUGACGUUGAACCAGCGAGUGUUAAUCAACCCAACGCAGACACCGUUGUUUGCUGAUCUCCAAAGCCAUCAUCGACGCCAGAGUCGUCAUAGCAGCGGAAACCGCACCCUUCUUGUGGUGUUGGGCUACUUGGAUUAAAAUCAAACGAAAGACCGCAUCGAUCCGCCAACGGAACAAGAAAGAAACCCUACACCCUACGCAGCGUUCGAAGGAAGUUGUGUCCAACUCACGUACAAAGUUUGAUCGCAGUUUACACAAGAUGGCGAACCUGGGAGGAAUAAAUUUGUUGGCACUGUUUCUUGCUAUUCUCGCGACAUGGACCCUAGCGGACGAUUGUGGACGAGAGUUUCGGGGAAAGUGUGACUGUGGGAUGCGCAUGUACAACUACCGCCCUCAGUACGUGGUAAACUGCACCGACACGGGAUUCCGGGACACGCUAGUGCUGGAGCAUCUGCCAGCACAAACGGAGGUUGUCAUCUUCAACGGUAAUAAGGUGGAAGAGCUGCCAUGGAACGUUUUCGGAGCCCUGAACAAUCUCGUGAACCUCACGAUCGUCGACAUGAGCAACAAUCACAUCCGUGAGAUCCGAGGCAAAUCGUAUCAUCACGUGCCAAACGUACGCCGCCUCAUCCUGAACCACAACAACCUAAGCAUCUCGCGGUACGACGACGAGGAGUACAACCAUCACCAUCCGCGCGUCUUCUCUAACUUCAUCAAUCUACAGGAGCUCCAUCUAACGAAUGCGUUUGCCGAUAACACGUCUGCCGAGUUGUCGGCCGAUUUGCACGACAUUUUCGUUAACAGUAAUCUCACUAAGCUGGUCAAGCUACAUCUGGAGCAGAACGAGAUCUCACGGUUCAAUGAUAGAGCCGUCUUCUGUGAUCUACCGUCCCUGCUUGAUCUACACCUCGGCGAUAAUCUGCUAACGGAGCUCAAUUUCAAUCUAAGCUGCAUGCCGCGGCUUCGCUUUCUCGAUCUUGAGCGUAAUCGCUUUGAGGCGGUUCGGCCGGCGGAUCUCGCACUGCUCGAUGAUGUCCAGAAACAACCAGGACGCAUCACACCACUCACCGUGGACUUUACGUACAAUCCGUUCGUGUGCGAUUGUAGCAUCUUCCCGCUGUACGAGUGGCUUGAUCGGACGAAUGUUACCGUGCGCAAUCCGGAAGGAUUGGUUUGUUUUCGCAACCGGCAGGUUCGGGAACCGAUUCUUAAGCUCAACGUUGGCAAAUGCCGAAAGUUCAAAACGGCCGAUGGUUCUGGGUCCACCGCAGACAGUCACACGACCACGCUCAUCUUUGUGCUCAUCUGCUUGAGCUGUGUGCUCGCUGCCCUCGUAGCUGGUUUGCUGUACGUCAGUAAGGACAAGCUUAAGGCGCUCCUAACGCCCGUCGUUGAUUCCGUUUCUAAGAAAGUCCACUACACGACGAUCAAGGACGAGGAAGCCCCGGAGCAGUACGUGUGAUGCAACGCACGAGUUGACGAGUUGCACUACGGUAUCAGACCACCGCGGCAUGUCGUUCGAGUUUAAGCUUCGUUUCCCUCAACUGAAGGAUGAGGCAUGCCCUAUUAAAUGCAAGUAAAGCAAGUCAUCCCGUUCCAACAGAAGAAAUUGUUUCAUUUCCGUUAAUAGCUGAGAGGUUUAACAAGCUAACAAUUAGUACUGUUAUCAGAAACGACAUUCGAGAGAUGGGCGAGCUCGAAGAUAAGAUGCUACAGAGUUCUAGCUGUGCAUUGAACGAAAUAGAUUCUAACCAGUCAGAAUGAACAAAAUAUUAUAAGAAAAAGUGUAUUCUUAUAAGCAAACCCAUAAGAAAAAUGAAAAAGACAGGGAGAACGAGAGAGAAAUUCGAAGAAGAGACGAAUCAUUAGUUUUAUGAAAUAUGAGCAAACAAUACGAGCGGUGGCGAUCGAAAAGGGCAACAUAUAUAACCUGUGAUUACCUUUAAUUAUCCUAGCUUAGUCUCUUCACAGAUGAUUGGUUCAAAUUGGAAUCAUAAUUACCAAAAUUUUAGAACGAAAAACAAAUGUCCAAAAUUCUGUUACUUAUGUGUGACUAAGCAGAUUAACGGCUUUAAGAGUCCUGUUCGUCCAACCAAUCUGGGGGUUUUACACGGUUUGAACCAUCUAAAUCUAAACUAAAUCAAUCUAAAUUGAAAAUAACAGGCGAAAGAUAGAAAGAUCGAAACUAAUCAGUUACAUUUUCGCUUGCUUUCCUUUCCUAUUUCCCUUGUCCUACCUUAUGUGUAUCAUUGGCGUCUUUGGGAAGCAGCACCUUCAUUCAAUGAACUGCUUCUUCUAAGUAGUAAGACUUCAGAUAGUUUGUUGUUAGCGAGAGCGAAGGUGGUUGAAGGAAUGGUGGAUAAAUAGAAAAUGCAUCUAACGAUGAGCAUAGUAACAAGGAUAACAAAUCAAGUCAGUAUGCCAAGAACGAAGAGUACGUUAAUCGGAUGUACAGAGCAGACACGCGAAAGGCAAGUAAGGCAUUCGAUUAUCGUAACAAGUAUGCGGCCCAAAUGCAAGGUUAAAAUGUUGGUCUAAUGUUUAAGUAGCUAAUUGUAAGGAAGCUAGGCAAGUGAACUUUUAUGGUAAAUAAAAAAAGCGAAACACUAA